GCGGCAGAGAGGAGUUAAGGGUGAUGAGAGCGGGUACUGCGAACUGCCGGGCGAUGCCGCCGCUGCCGCCGUGAGAUCCGGAGCAACAGUUCCCCAGCAACACCCCUUCCCCGAUCCAGGCACACCCCUAACCCCCCAGGCACGCACACCCACCCCAAGCUCCAGGCUCCGCAAGCGUCUCCUCUGCUGGCCCCGAAGCCUGCCCUGCCCCACCUUGCAGAGCAGAGAAGGAAAGAGAGCCCCAUGCCUGAGCCCAGGGGAGCAUCAUGGAUCUGACAAAGAUGGGUGUGAUCCAGCUGCAGAACCCUAGCCACCCUACGGGGCUGCUGUGCAAGGCCAAUCAGAUGCGACUGGCCGGGACUUUGUGCGACGUGGUUAUCAUGGUGGACAGCCAGGAGUUCCAUGCCCACCGGACGGUGCUAGCCUGCACCAGCAAGAUGUUUGAGAUCCUCUUCCACCGAAACAGCCAGCACUAUACUCUGGACUUCCUCUCACCAAAAACCUUCCAGCAGAUCCUGGAGUAUGCUUACACGGCGACACUGCAAGCCAAGGCGGAGGACCUGGAUGACCUGCUGUAUGCAGCUGAGAUCCUGGAGAUUGAGUACCUGGAGGAGCAGUGCCUGAAGAUCCUGGAGACCAUCCAGGCAUCUGAUGACAAUGACACAGAGGCCACCAUGGCUGAUGGUGGGGGCGAAGAAGAAGAGGACCGUAAGGCUCGAUACCUCAAGAACAUCUUUAUCUCAAAGCAUUCCAGCGAGGAGAGCGGCUACGCCAGUGUGGCUGGACAGAGCCUCCCUGGGCCCAUGGUAGACCAGAGCCCCUCGGUCUCCACCUCUUUUGGUCUCUCAGCCAUGAGUCCUACCAAGGCAGCAGUGGACAGUUUGAUGACCAUAGGACAGUCACUCCUGCAAGGGACUCUUCAGCCACCUGCAGGGCCCGAGGAACCCACACUGGCAGGGGGUGGGCGGCACCCUGGGGUGGCUGAGGUAAAGAUGGAAAUGAUGCAGGUAGAUGAAGCCCCUGGCCAGGACAGCCCUGGGGCAGCUGAGUCUAGCGUCUCAGGAGGGAUGGGGGACAAGCUUGAAGACAGGAGCAAAGAGGGACCUGGGACCCCAACUAGGGGCAGUGUCAUCACCAGUGCCAGAGAGCUCCAUUACGGGAGAGAGGAGAGUGGAGAGCAGCUCUCACCUCCUGUUGAAGCUGGCCAGGGGCCCCCUGCGCGACAGGAGUCCCUGGCACCCCCAGUGGAGAAGCAUUUGGGCAUUUACUCAGUGUUGCCCAACCACAAGGCCGAUGCUGUGUUGAGUAUGCCAUCUUCAGUGACAUCUGGUCUCCACGUGCAACCUGCCCUGGCAGUCUCCAUGGACUUCAGCACCUAUGGGGGUCUGCUGCCUCAGGGCUUCAUCCAGAGGGAGCUGUUCAGCAAGCUGGGCGAGCUGGCCGUGGGCAUGAAGGCUGAGAGCCGUCCUCUGGGGGAGCAGUGCAGCGUGUGUGGGGUCGAGCUUCCGGACAACGAGGCUGUGGAGCAGCACAGGUAA